UUUAGAAACCGUGCCUAUCAACACGAAAAAUCAUGAGCUGUGAAUAUAGUAAUAUUUUGGAGGAUAUGCGGGGUUAGAAUGAAGAAAUUAAAGCACAAACAAUAGCUGAUAUAACAGCAUGACGAAUCUUCCCACCUUGUGUGAGAUUGGGUUUGGGUCAAGUGAGUUUGACCUGAAAAAAGUUCCGUACAGGAGUUCGCUUGAUGUUGUCAAACAUGGCGGUUCAACUCAAAAUGUGAAUCUCAUGAAAAAUAUUUCAUCACAAGAGGCCAAGCCUGCAGUUGGGUUGAGCCCAAGGGAUAGAAUAAAGAGUGAGCUGGAAUUAAGACGAUUUAAAAGUGAUCUUAGUUUAAAUGACCUUGGUUACCAUACCAACUGUCAGGUCCAGAACCUUCCCAGGACUGCCCUCAAUAUACGAGAUGGGUCAAAUGGUCUUAGUUACGAUUCCCUGAUGUCGUUAUUCAAACUAGAGCGAGCCAGAACAGCACCUGCAUUUCCACUUCAUAUUCCGAAAGAGCUUCCAAUAAUUCAGAUAUCUGAUGAUUAUAAUUUGCCGUUGGAUGAAGAAAAAUUAAAAUGGAUCGACAAGCUUAAUUGUUGGAUGCCUGAAAAAGGGCUUGAGAAUCCUGUACCAUACCUCAGUUUUAUCAACUCAGCAAACUUACAUGACCGAGGCAUAAUCCAGUUUCAUGAUGAGCGUGAUGGCGAUGAUGUCAUACCAUGCUCUAGAUUCCUGGAACAUAUGCAGAUGCACACUGCAGCCGAAUUGGCUCAAAAACUCAAGGAAAAAAGAAGAUUAGCUGAACAAAAGCGAAGAGACAAUGUAAAACAGUUUGAUCUACGCAAAGCUCUCAGAAAGAGGAUGAAUUUAAAUCCAGCCAACACUCCUCCCAGUACAAGACGGGCAAGACGGAAAAAAGUCCAGCCACCAAAAUCAGACACAAUGACAAGGUCUCCUGUACCCACAAACCUUAGCCCUUGGACCAAUGUAACUGAUGAAUCAUCUGGUAUUCGUGGAGAUGGAGAUGGCGACAGGAAAUCGGAUGAUGGAAGUAUGCUUAGUGAGAGCCUGAAGGAGAUCGAAAUCACCCCUAAGGCAUCUACACCACCCCCUUCUCAGCUGGAAGUUCACGAAGGACCACUUUUAGCCAAAACAGCAAACUCUCCCCUGCACUGGACUGACCGAACUGAGAAUGAUGAAAAUAUCAAAAUGUCGUCUUUUCUUGCCAAUAUACCACCUUCAAGACCCUCUACACGGUCAUCAGCCAAAAUAGAGUCUAGAAAAUCUACACCUCUUAUAGAGAGGUUAGGUUAUUACAAAGAAACUCGCCCCAUUAAGAGUGCCUCGACCAGUCUACCAACUGUACAGCCAUCAGAGUCUGUUAAGUUAAAGCUUGAUGUAAGCACAAAGAAUAAUAAAAAGAUAAAAAGUGACCCCUCAUUCGUACCCAGACCCCCCAGGGAGGAGCGUAUUCGGUGGCGGGAAACCCCCAAGAAGAAACAAACUCCCCCCGAACAGAUUAAGCGGCGCCCAUCUCAUAUCAUCAAGAAGAAAAAAUCAGCAAUUUUAGAUGAUUAUGAAUUUGUACGAGCAGAGGAUACUCCAGUUCCUGAGCCCAUUCAAGAAGAGGUUGUUCUAGAGACCCCAAAGUUACCAUCUCCUCCGAAGACCCCUACCCCUCCUCCCAAAACCCCUGCAGAGUCUCCAGCAUUACCAAAGAUUGUUAUUUCUCUAAAAAAUCUAUGGGGUCCUAAACAGAAGGAUCGGUCAUAUUGGGAUGAGUUACGUCGCAUGAGAGAGGCAGAGGAAAGACGUAAACAGUUGUUAAUACGUCAACGGUUAAAUCGACGUCGUCCAGGUGAUGUGAUGGACCUAUCGGGUGGUCCUGAAAUACAAGAAGAGCUUGAAAUGCCGGAGGAUCCAGAUGGAUGGCUUGCAAAGUAUUGCAUCUUUAACAGGGAUGAUCUGGAAAUGUUUAAAUGUGCAUUUGAAGCGGUGGAUGAAAAUAAUACUGGCUACUUAGAUGGCUUCGACAUAUCAAUAGCAAUCAGGGGUGUGAACCCCAAACUGACAGGGUUUGAGGAAGAAUAUAUCUAUCGUAUCUUGGAGAUGGUCGGCUAUAAUAUAGAAAUGGGGUCAGGUGCUGAUUUCAAGUUAUUUGCUGUAAUGGCUGCGAUGUCUCAGAGAAUAGCGGCGCUUGAUGACUGGAUGCGGGGACUGAUUGGCAAAAUCAACUUUAAAUCACUGGAACAUAAGAUGUACAUGUGCAAGACCUUAUGGGAAUGCAACGUAGACCAUGAUACAAACAGAAUCUCCAUAGACCAACUUUGUGUCGAACUAAGAGCUGGAGGGGUCAGUCUAAAACACGAGCACGAAGUGAGGGAAAAAUUAGGACAUUUAAAAUCAUUAGAUUUAAUGGACUUUUUAACUUACAUGCCACUGUUUUUAAUGAUACAUAAAUCAGUGACAGCAAACCCUUUAGACGACAGCAGAAUUAAAUGAAUUUCCAUGAACUAUCAAGAUUUCAUGGUUUACUUACAUGUUAGUGUGAAAUAAUGAAUAAGCAGUGCUUGAAGUUACCCUGAUAUCAGGAAAGUAUUAGAACAUUAACAAAGUCAACAUUUGGUUGCAAUCUGGAUGCUUGAGUUUAUAAGGUAGGCAAGCAUGGAAUGAAAUCUUUUUAAAUUGAGCAUUUUCCAAGUAGGUUUGCAUACUUACUGUCAUCUCUGUACAAAUGGGUGCAAAAGUUGUCCCACCUUAAAAUAUGAAAGCAUAAUUUUAUGACAUAGAGA